AUGGUCUCAAAGGCAACCUGUGAAGAAAAGUGGUUCUCUACUCAUAAUUUCAGCAGAGUGGUCACUGUGUCUAGCAUAACGAGCUUCAUAGCUCUUAAGAACUGCAGCUCAGAACUGCAGAACUCCAGAAGUGAAACCAUCACAGAGGAGGAGCUGGUGGGGCUCAUGAACAAGUUCGUGGAAGACACAAAGAGUGGGGUACACAGGAAGGAGGGCUGGCCUGAUACGAGGGCACUCACAUAUGAAGUGUCAAAGAUGGGUGUCACCGUCCUGUCCAGAAUCCAUGCCAGGAAACUGAGUGAGCAGAGGAGGGGAGACAGGAUCUUCCUGAAUGCCUGCUCCCCUGGGUGGGUGAGAACAGACAUGGGUGGACCUACAGCCAUUAAAAGCCCAGAAGAAGGAGCAGAGACCCCCGUCUACUUGGCCCUUUUGCCCUCAGAUGCUAAGGGGCCUCACGGGGAGUUUGUUACAGAGAAGAAAGUUGAACAAUGGGGACCCUACCCUCAGUUCCCUCCAUGGGACCCAUUAUGAUACUGCCAUGAUUUGACCAAAAGAACUCUUACACUGUGAACAAUUACCUUAAGCAAAAAGAUAAAUAAAUAAAAGGAAGAAUAAGUGUCCAU